UUCGGUACAUAAACUUCGUUCUUUUUUCCUCUUUCUCGCCACGUCUCAACGGGAAGAAGGAAAAGAAGAGAGAUCUCCUUCUUCCUUACGUAAUUCGUCAACCAUGUCGUACGCCUAUCUUUUCAAGUAUAUCAUCAUCGGCGAUACCGGAGUCGGAAAAUCAUGUCUUCUGUUGCAGUUUACGGACAAACGGUUUCAACCGGUCCAUGACUUGACCAUUGGGGUUGAAUUUGGGGCUAGGAUGAUCACAAUAGACAACAAACCAAUAAAACUACAGAUAUGGGACACGGCUGGCCAAGAAUCAUUCAGAUCUAUCACUAGAUCAUACUACAGAGGUGCUGCUGGGGCACUGCUUGUUUACGAUAUUACAAGGAGGGAAACGUUCAAUCACCUUGCUAGUUGGCUGGAAGACGCAAGGCAGCACGCAAAUGCAAACAUGACUAUAAUGCUGAUAGGAAACAAGUGUGAUCUGGCUCACAGAAGGGCUGUAAGCACAGAAGAAGGUGAGCAGUUCGCAAAGGAAAAUGGCUUGAUAUUUAUGGAGGCCUCUGCCAAAACUGCCCAGAAUGUUGAAGAGGCAUUUAUCAGAACAGCCUCAACUAUCUAUAAGAAAAUACAGGAUGGAGUGUUUGAUGUAUCAAAUGAGUCAUACGGAAUAAAAGUUGGGUACGGAGGCAUUCCUGGGCCAUCAGGCGGAAGAGAUGGAACUGCUUCUCAAGGAGGAGGUUGUUGCAGCUAAAAGUGUAGCUUUAUUCUUCAAAUCUGAUCAUGUCCUGUGGUUAUUUAUUUGUGUUUAGUGUCUUAACAUUGAGAGGUUUAUUCAAUUUGUUUGUUUUAUUGUUAAUAUAUCUGCUCAAAUAUAAUCAAACAUCAGUAAUAUGGGACUAGUCUUUCUUCUUUGAUUUCUCCUUGUAAUAUUUGACAUUAUCAAAGGUGUAUAGUGUUUCAUA